GCAGGAGCUUGCUGGUCUGUGGACAGUGUCUGCUUUCUGGAGAUGCAGGUGUCAGCAGAAGAUCCCCAUUCAUUGACUUCAACAAGGAAGGUGUAAGGAUGCGCUCUCUGAGGAAGACACUUGUGUUGGCUGUUCUGGUGUCAGUGGUGGUGGUCCUGGCUCUGCUUCACUCGUGGCCCACCCGAGGCUACUCCACUGUGGACGUGUGGCAGCAUCGAGGUCCCCUGCUGGAGAGGAACGUGGAGGACAAACUCACUGAAUCCGACCAUCAGCUCAGCACCAUCCCCAUCCGUGUACGGGACAGUGUAGCCAGCCUUUUGUCCCGUAACAGUUGUGUUUGUGAAGGCGACAGUGGAGGCUUCAACCUGCCUUUCUCCCAGCUCCUGUUUCCUCGGGUCUCUGCUCACCCGCUGCACACCGCCUUCAGGCCCUCAGAGCUGGAUGAGCUCAAGAGGAGGAGGGCUCAGGAGUACCAGAGCUUCCAGAAGAGGUCCCAAACUCCAGCAGACGUCUUGAUCGUAGCUGAAGCAAACAGCCCGUUACAGUUCCCCAUACAGGGGGUGGAGGUGCGUCCGCUCAAAACUAUCAUCAUCCCAGGUCUGGCCUUACACGACAGCCCCAGAGACCACUACACAGUAAACUUGACAGCCUCCCUGGGGACUCUGAAUGUGGCGGCGGAGGUGGAGGGUGUGAGGUUAAAGGGUGAUGGAGAGAGUCACAUGACCGUAACAAGCUCCACACUCAACAGUUUAAACCGACAACUGCAGUUUGUGACGUACACAAACACUCUGUUCCACCCGAGCACGGCCGAUACAGUGCAAUUUGAAACAGAAAGACAUCAAGCCACAUUUGUCAUAAAAAUCCGCCAUGGUAAGACUCCUAAACUCUACAACACUGGAUCCAAACAAGAGUAUAACGUGACUGCCCUGGUGACCAUUGCCACAAAAACGUUCCUUCGUUAUGAUAAACUUCAGGAUUUGAUUGACAGCAUCCGGACGUACUACCCCACGGUUACCAUAGUGAUCGCCGACGACAGCGAGCACCCCAAAAGCAUCUCCGGACCCUACAUCGAGCACUACAUUAUGCCCUUUGGAAAGGGCUGGUUCGCUGGUAGAAAUCUGGCAGUAUCACAGGUCACCACUAAGUACGUACUGUGGGUGGACGACGAUUUCAUCUUUACAGCAAACACCAAAUUGGAGAAACUUGUGGAUGUUUUAGAGAGAACGACACUGGAUCUGGUGGGUGGAGCAGUACGAGAAGCCACGGGUUACACUUCCACCUACAGGCAGACCAUCUCCAUUGAGCCCGGGGAGGAGGAGGGGGACUGUCUGCAUAUGAGGAGGGGUUUUCAUCAUGUUGUUGAGGGGUUUCCAAACUGUGUGAUCACCGACGGCGUCAUAAACUUCUUUUUGGCUCGAACAGAUAAAGUCCAACAGGUUGGAUUUGACCCCAGACUGGCCCGAGUCGCACACCUAGAGUUCUUCAUAGACGGCCUUGGCUCCCUUCACGUUGGCUCCUGCGAUGACGUCAUUGUGAACCACGCCACCAAAAUCCGACUGCCCUGGGUCAGCCAGUCAGAGAGCGACAAAACCUACGCCAAGUUCCGCUACCCUCUCGCCUCGUCGGACGCCACGCAGACCAAGAACGGACUGCUUUACUUUAAAAACCGCUUUCAAUGUUUGACUCAUAACUAACACCCCGCUCCACCGCCGCCAUCUUGAAGUCUUCUGCUCUUCCUGAGUUGCCAAAGAAGUUUUUUGUGUACGACCAUUCGCAGCAGACACCUUCGUUACACUGCAAAAUCACAAUAUCUAGCCUGGGUUAAAAUGACUUGAAUAGUAAUCUUGAUUUGAGUGAAUUUGACCAAUUUACAUUUAUCAAAUAACUGAUUUCACAAAAUGCUUGACUUUAUCUGAAACAUGCUGUAGCCUACCUAAUUAUAGUCUAAACAGUUUGCAAUGGUCCAGAGUUAUUCCUCACUUACCUUAUGCAUUCUGAGCAUCCCAAUUAUUCACUGUGAUGUGUUGAUGUAGUGAUGGUAAAACAUGCAACAGAAAACACUUUAUAAUCAGAUGCAGACAAUACACAGCAGAGCUACUUUGAAUUUAAAUAGCUUUAAAAUAAGAAAAAAAAAAUAGGUUGUAUAAAUAUUCUUCUUCAAAUAAUUGUUAAUAAUCGUGCUUUUUUUUUUUUUUUUUUCUUAAUUAAGCAGCUCUAUCUGACCUCCUGAUGUGUUAGCUUAAAAAGACUCAGUACAAUAUAGUGAAACAAGUAAGAAAUGUUUUGAAGCAGGUUAAUUGAUGUAGGUAUGUCAACUCUUACUUAGUCAAACUGCUCAAAUCAAGAUUAUUAUUCUGAAGUCAUUUUAACUUGUGUAGAAAUGUAGUUUUUUUUUGCGGUACUUGCCUUUUCAGGAGCCUUGUGAUCAUGAAAAGUGUCCAUGCUUUUUAUGGCGUCCCAGAAUUCCCUUGUCUUGUAUGAACUCAAAUGUCAGGCUCAAAUUAAGGAGCUGUACUAACACAAAACAUGUUUACAUCGUACAUUUUUAAAAAGCAUCGUCCUCACAUCGCGACCGCAGCCUUGUGACAUAAACAUUAAAGAGGCUACAGUUUUUGAACUUCAGCCGACGAUUAUGUGUUGUAAAAUUGGCUGACACAUUUUAAAUAAGGCUUGUAUUUAUAUUUUGUAUUUAAAACAUUUUUUUGUAUUUAUUUUUUUUAAGAUGCACUAUGUAACUUUUUCACCCCCUUGUCUCCAUGGAGAUAUUUUUACUUUGCCUGGAAUGUUUCACAGUAUGGCAUUAAACUAAUUUAUUGUGUCCAUGUAGAUGCCAACAGGUCAGGUCUGUGGAGUGGCAGACCCAGUUGAAGUAAGAUGAUUAUUAAGGUAACCGUAAGCAACAAAAAACCCAGUAAUGAUAUAAAUACUAGACUAGAUAUGUUUAAUGCCAUACCAUGGGACAUUCUAGGCAAAGCAAUAACAUCCCGAGGUUGGCGACCCUCAACUAAAAAGUUACAUAGUUUAUCUUUAAAUUAUAUAGAUCUAUUAGAAUAUCUAAUGUCAAAUGUCAAUCGGACGGCAGCUUAUUACAAAAAAAAAAAAAAAAAAGGAAUUAAAUUGUAUCAGGAAUUUUUUUUAUAAUUUUCACUGUUAGAUCCUCAUUCAAAAGUGUGUUUACUUUUUAGACCUGGUUUAGUCCUGGUUUAGACCAAGUUUACAUUUUAAACGUAUUUCUUUUCCUUGCUUAGUUAUGUUAAAGGUUACAUUUGUAAAGAUUAUUUUGGGGGUAGUAAAAAGUUUGAAACACAUUUUUGAAGCUACAUUUUGGUCUCAGUGUUGAGCUUUGUGAGGAAGGAGGUUGACCAUAUUGUUCGUUAUGUCAUUUCUGUGCACUCGUCCUGAAACUGUUUUUGUUGAUCCCUGAUGCUCAUUUUCUGCUAUCUGGAACCCUCCACUUUCUUCUAACAGUGAUAUAACUAAGGAGGUGAUCAAAAAGACUCCAAAAGAGACUUCAUUUUAUAUAAAAACUGCCUUGAAGAAAUAUGGGAUGAACCAAAGUGCAUGUUUAAACUUCUGGACGGAAGGGAGCCAAGCAUGAACGCUGUGUGGACUUUUGAGGAGGAAAAUGGACUAAAACUGCGAUAACUUUUGCCUGUUGUCGAUGAUAUGGCGCUUUUUUAUACCAUUGGCCACUAGAGGUCGCCCUUCGACUACUCUUGUUUUUCCUUUUAUAGUUUAUAGUAUUAGUAACGAGGUGCCACAUAUAUUUAUUCAUUAUUUUAAUUUUUUUUUUAAGAAAAGGGAAUAUUUUUUGUGAUUUUUUUUGUGAGUUAUUAUUUAUUACUUUAUUAAAAUCAAAAGUAGCUCUUGGGACAUUUGUUAUUAUAUCAUAUGAUAAAAAUAAGGUGAUAUUUUGUAAUUGUUUUUUCAAACUGUUCAAUUUAAAACUAAAAGUGAUAUUUUUAUUUAAAUUUGAGGAGUAUAGUCAAUUGUUCACGGAAUAAGUGUCACUGAGUGUGUGAGUUUGAAUGGGCAAAUAAAGAGUAUCGGAAAUCUA